AUGGUCACUUCACAUCCUCUCCCUGAAGGCUUCACUGAAAUAGAGGUUUUUGCCAUCGGCACUGCCCUACUGGUAGAAGCCCUGCUUGGUUUCUGUCUGAAUGGAUUGACAAUUAUUUCAUUCCGAAAAAUCAAAGAACUCCGAACACCCAGCAAUCUGCUGGUUCUCAGCAUUGCACUGGCUGACUGCGGGAUAUGCAUCAAUGCAUUCAUUGCUGCCUUUUCCAGCUUCCUCAGGUACUGGCCCUACGGCUCUGAGGGCUGUCAGAUUCAUGGAUUCCAGGGCUUCUUGACAGCACUAGCCAGCAUCAGCUCCAGCGCAGCAGUUGCCUGGGACCGGUAUCAUCACUAUUGUACAAGGAGCAAGCUGCAGUGGAGCACGGCCAUCUCCAUGAUGGUGUUUGCAUGGCUGUUUGCUGCCUUCUGGUCCACGAUGCCCUUGCUGGGCUGGGGGGAGUAUGACUACGAGCCCCUCCGAACCUGCUGCACCCUGGACUACAGCAAAGGGGACAGAAACUAUAUCACAUUCCUUUUUGCUCUGUCCAUUUUCAAUUUCAUAAUCCCGGGCUUCAUCAUGAUGACGGCCUAUCAGUCCAUACACCAGAAGUUCAAGAAAAGUGGGCACUAUAAGUUUAACACUGGCCUACCGUUGAAGACGCUGGUCAUUUGCUGGGGUCCCUACUGCCUUUUAUGCUUCUAUGCAGCAGUUGAAAACGUGAUGUUCAUUUCACCGAAAUACCGAAUGAUUCCUGCCAUAGUUGCCAAGACAGUGCCAACCGUGGACAGCUUUGUGUAUGCCCUGGGCAAUGAGAACUACAGAGGAGGAAUAUGGCAGUUCCUCACAGGACAGAAGAUUGAGAAAGCAGAGGUUGAUAACAAAACUAAGUAA